AUGUCCAAUCCAUACGGCCCUAACCCAGGCGAUUACCUCUCCAACGUGAGAAGCUUUCAACUUAUCGAGUCUACCUUGAGAGAAGGUGAACAGUUUGCCAAUGCAUUCUUCUCCACCGAAAAGAAGAUCGAGAUUGCCAAGGCUCUGGAUGACUUUGGUGUUGACUACAUAGAGUUGACAUCUCCAGUUGCCUCCGAGCAGUCGAGACUGGACUGUGAAGCUAUCUGCAAAUUGGGACUCAAGGCCAAGAUCUUGACCCACAUCAGAUGUCAUAUGGAUGAUGCCAGAGUUGCUGUCGAGACUGGUGUUGACGGUGUUGAUGUCGUGAUUGGAACAUCUUCGUUCCUUAGAGAGUAUUCGCACGGUAAGGACAUGUCCUACAUCACCAACAGUGCUGUUGAAGUGAUCGAGUUUGUUAAAUCAAAGGGAAUCGAGAUCAGAUUCUCGUCGGAAGACUCGUUUAGAUCCGACAUCGUUGAUCUGCUCAACAUCUAUAGAACCGUCGACAAGAUCGGUGUGAAUAGAGUUGGUAUUGCGGACACCGUUGGAUGUGCCAACCCAAGACAGGUGUAUGAAUUGGUCAAGACUCUCAAAUCGGUUGUCAGCUGUGAUAUUGAAUGUCAUUUCCACAACGAUACCGGAUGUGCCAUUGCCAACGCCUACACGGCGCUGGAGGCUGGUGCUAAGUUGAUUGACGUUUCGGUGCUGGGUAUCGGUGAGAGAAACGGAAUUACCCCAUUGGGCGGUUUGAUGGCCAGAAUGAUUGCUGCUGACCGUGAAUACGUCUUGGGCAAAUACAAGCUCCACAAGCUGAGAGACUUGGAGAACCUGGUGGCCGAUGCUGUUCAGGUCAACGUUCCAUUCAACAACCCAAUCACGGGUUUCUGUGCCUUUACCCACAAGGCUGGUAUCCACGCCAAAGCCAUUCUGGCCAACCCAUCUACCUACGAGAUCCUCAACCCAGCUGAUUUCGGCUUGACUAGAUACAUCCACUUUGCCAACAGGCUCACGGGCUGGAAUGCCAUCAAAUCGAGAGUUGACCAAUUGAACCUGAAUUUGACUGACGACCAGUGCAAAGAGGUCACUGCCAAGAUCAAGCUGAUGGGUGACAUCAGACCCUUGAACAUUGACGAUGUUGACUCCAUUAUCAAGGACUUCCAUGCCGAUUUGAAACCAAGCGAGGACAAAUCUGAGCAAUCCGAGGAGCCAGAGGUCAAGAAGCAAAAGGUUUAA